AAGAAACCCACGGAGCGACGGUCGAUCCAGUGGACUGCACGUCUGACUCGACAGGAGAAUAAAGCACAGUAGGAUGUCAGACUUUGGGCUUCGUGGAUACCAGGAGGAGGUGGUGGCGAGAGCACUGCGGGGCGAGAACAUCAUCAUCUGUCUUCCCACUGGAGGAGGGAAGACCCGUGCUGCCGUCUAUGUGGCCAAAAGACACUUGGAUACCAACCCAGAGGGCAAGGUUAUGGUACUGGUCAACAAGGUUCAUCUGGUGGACCAGCAUUACAGCAAAGAAUUCAUGCCUCACCUGGGCCGCCAGUACAGAGUGGUGGCAGUGAGUGGGGAAUGUGACGAGAAGGACUUCUUUGGAAAUGUUGUAAGGGACUCGGACAUGAUCAUUUGCACGGCACAGAUCCUGGAGAAUGCUCUGAUCAACACGGAGGACAGCAAACAUGUUAAGCUUUCAGCAGAGUCUCCUACGAAUAAAGUAACAGUACAUCAUAGAAGAUCGUUUCCCCCCCCCCUCGCUACAGACAUCACUCUGCUGAUCAUUGAUGAGUGUCACCACACUCAUAAAGAGGAGGUCUACAACAAGAUAAUGAGGCGCUAUGUGGAGAAGAAAGUCAGAGGAGAGAGGCCGCUGCCACAGAUCCUGGGCCUCAUGGCAUUACCUGGGACAGGGGGGGCAAGAACCCUAGAAAAGGCUGUGGAGCAUGUAUUGCAGAUUUGUGCAAACUUGGACUCAGCCAUAGUCUCAUCUAAACUCUGUGUCCACGAGCUAAAGGAGAAGGUACCGAGACCUGUCAAAAGGUUUGACAUCGUAGACCAACGACAUAAAGAUCCACUUAGGGAUCAUCUGAGGCAGAUGAUGGAGAGGAUCCAUGACUUCAUGGGAAUAACUUCAGACAUUACACUGAGGGAGACCGGCACACAGGAGUAUGAGACAGAUGUAGUUUUGCUAGAGCAGCAUGGUGUGAGAGAGGACAACAGACUGCUGGCACAAUGUGCUCUCCACCUCAGACAGUAUAAUGAUGCCCUGCUCAUCAAUGACACCUUACGAAUGAUGGAUGCCUAUACUUCGCUAGCAGACUAUUACAAUACCAAAGUUGCCUCAGCCAUCGAUGGAACAGACCGCUUCCUUCUGGCACUUUUCCAAGAAAACAAGACAACGCUGAAAACAAUAGCAAGAGACACUCGCUUUGAGAACCCAAAGAUGGACAAGCUUCAGAGCAUUCUGCUGAAGCAGUUUGGGCCAAGUACCAACUCCAAGGGCAUUAUCUUCAGUAAGACCCGCAAAAGCAUUCACUGCCUUCAAGACUGGGUCCUCAGCAACCUGGCUUUACAGGAAGCCGGUAUCAAAGCAGCCACACUCACUGGCUCUGGCAGCGGCAUCUCCUACAUGACCCAGGGUGAGCAGAAGGAAACGAUCCAGAAGUUCCGCAAAGGUAACCUCAACCUUCUGAUCUCCACCAGUGUGGCUGAAGAGGGCCUCGAUAUCCCAGAAUGCAACCUGGUGGUGCGCUACGGGCUACUUACGAAUGAGAUUGCCCAGCAGCAGGCCAGCGGUCGCGCCCGGGCGAGAGACAGCGUGUACUCAGUGGUGGCCCAGGCUGGGGGACGGGAGGUGCGCCGCGAACUCACAAAUGAAUACCUGGAGGAGCUGACCGAUGAAGCCUUGAGCAAGGUUCAAAGCAUGAGUUACCAAGAGUUCAGGGCCAAGAUAACCAAGCUUCAAGAAGAGGAAGUUCUGCGUCGUCAGUUAAUGCAAAACCUGACGCUUGACAAGAAGAACUGUUACAGCGCAGACAAUAUUCAGCUCCUGUGUAGAAACUGCUUUAAGCCCGUGGCCUCUGGUAGUGACAUAAAACUCGUUGACAACUCGCACUAUGUUAACGUCAACCCCAAAUUUGCAGGGCUCUAUAAGAGAGGUGGGCAGGUCUUCAUGGAAAGGAGUUUUGAGGAUUGGGAGCCCGGAUGUACAAUCAACUGUGGUAAAUGUGGCAAGCACUGGGGAUGUGAGAUGAAGUAUAAGAAGGUUGCCCUGCUGCCCAAUCUGGCCAUCAAGGAAUUUGCCCUGCAAAUUGCAGAUAAGAGAAUGACUGUCAAAAAGUGGAAGAAUGUUCCGUUCACUGUAAAUGAUUUAAACUUCAGUGAAUACUGCAAAAAAAAUUUUUUAGACUUGUCUAACUGAGACAAUGGUUAAAAUGGCUUCACUGGUAUGUCACUGGUAUGAUGGGGAGGGGGGGGGGAUUUUCCUGGCAUUCAUUCCGCUGUGCCGCUGCUCUGUUUUUCCGCUCAAGCGAGACAUUAUUUAGGUCUCAGCUUGUCGAUGGCUUGUCAAUGUUUUUACUCUUAACAGUUCCCAGUAUGAAACGAUGCAAAAAAAUAUGCAUUGCAGGGGUCGCGUUAACCGAAUAUUUUCCGUCUUUGACCGAUAUUUUUUUUUAACAAUGACGGAAAAAUCGGAAGGCUGUCCGUCAUUUGACCGAUUAAAUUCACACGCAACACUCAUUAAACACACGCAGGCCGGCCACCUGUUGUAAGCCCCACUGUCCACUUGGUGGCGAUUGUGCAUCAUUAAUUAGCCCCGCUUCUUCGUUGCCAACUUGUUUUAAACAAGCUAAGUAGGCUAUCACACAAUUUCGCGGCAGCGGAGUGUUCGGAGUAUCUUUCAAAAACCGAAUGUGGUUGAUAAACGAGCCGGUGGGAAAAAAAGAGGGAUUGAUGAGGUGGAGGAUGAAAGACAAGAAGAACCCAGAAAUUAAUUCUGACGAUGACCAACAAGCCAGCGGCAGUUGACGACAACGAGCAGGCGGAGUCCGCGGAGCAAGCAAGCGGUAGCAACCCCACGACCAAGAGAGAAUACCGGGUUCAGUGGGAGCAAGAAUUCCCCCGGCUGAGGAGGGAAGGUGGAAAAAUGUCCUGCGAUGUCUGCACGAAAGCUAAUGUGCGUCCUGGAUUUGUCCGAGGGUGCACUACGAUGGUGCACUACGAUGCAGAAAUCGUCACUGAAUGAUCACCAGAGCAGACGUGGCCACACUGAAGCUUUGGGAGCGGUUAACCAGCGCGUGUCAACAGUACGUAGAUAAAUCGCAGGUUGCCUGUAACGAGGCGUUGAAAACACAAGUUAAAAGUUGCGUUGCACAUGGCGAAUACAAACACCCCGAACCACCGGUAUCCUCAACUGGUACACCUCCUUCAGUCUGCCGGGUGUCCCAACAGCGCACAUAUAGACACGCACCACGAGACUGCCAGUCAGCCAGUUGUUUCAGUAGGCGCGGGUUAUGUGUAUCUAAGGUAAACUAGUGGAUAGCCGAUGGCAUCGAUCUAUCUAGACCCGUAACACCAGUCUGUGAAUGUUCUCAUUCAUCCAGGUCAUGGUUAUCCAAAGGAGUUGAAUCAAGUGCGACUGGACUUGGUAUAUAUCCGUGAAGACGUUUCGCCUCUCAUCCAAGAGGCUUCCUCAGUUCGUGCCUUUCUGACUAGACCAAGCUAGUCUGACCAGCCAGUCAGACUAGCUUGGUCUAGUCAGAAAGGCACGAACUGAGCAACCCUCUUGGAUGUCAGUCAGCCAAUUCUUGUUAAAUCUGAGGUUCAAAUAAAUUAGGUUUUACUGUAAAAAAAAAAAAAUCAUUCAUAUGUUGACACGAAAAGAGUGUCGUUGUCUCGUUUGUUUGUUCAUUUUCUGUCUUAUAAAUGCAUAAUCUUAAAUUUGUUCUUCUGUCUAUAUUGUAGCGAAUUCGGGGGGCAACCAUAGGAACUGCCGCGGCAGGGACGCGUACGCGUAUUGCCCGCACCGCGAGAGACAGCGCUAACCGCUUUUGUCGACUGGUUAACGUUGUCGCUUGUAGUGUGGGAGACACGGGUUCGCGUCCCGGCUGUGGCGGUCUCCGGACUGCCCUCCCCGAAUUCGCUACAAUAUUGGCAUUAUUUUGCAUAUUAAAUGUAAUGUGGUCGAUUGUUUUUGAAAAUUAAACGCUAUUAAAUAGGCAAAAGCUCAUUAAAAAACGAAAAUUAAUAUGACGUGUUGAGAUAUGACACCAGUGUAUUUGUAUGACUAUGUGUUACUGUGUACUAUUAUUUUGUUUCCGACUUUGUUUGUCCACAAGUGGGCGGUGUUGCGCUUGCAUGCGCGGAUUGAUUACGUCACUGAGACGCUGAUCAUUUUUCCUCUUCUCCCAAAACAACCGUAUAAACGAAGGCUGCAUUUUUCCCUC